AUGGCCAGUGAACUACAAGACUCAAGUGGAGUGUAUGAAUACACAGAAGGUUUCAGUUACCCUGGUGAGCAGCAGCAGCCGCUGAGGUUACGCAGAGUUUCAUCUCAAGACUCAAAUCAGAAUUACCCUCAGUUCAACUGGAACACAGAGGAGGACGAGGAGGGCACCAGUGGGCCGCCCCGGGACCUCAGGAGCAUCCCACUGCCCAUGAGUCUGAAAAGAGCUGUGAGGCAGGUGCAGCAGAUGCAGGUUCCCGUGGUUUCCAGUGCUGAGUCUUGGAAACGGAAGAAAACCAAAUCUCUGCGUAAACUUGAAGACAACUCCAAACAACUUCUCUAUGUUUUCGCACUGUGGAACAAGACUUUGCAAAAGAUUGGAGGGAACUUUGGAAGUGGUGUCCACUCAUACUUUCUUUUCCUGAGAUUCUUGGUGGUGCUCAACUUUGUUUCCUUCUUUCUGAUCGCUGGAUUCGUCCUCGCCCCCAGCAUCGUCUUCAGAUCUGUUGGCUCCAGCCUCGUUAAUAGCACCGGUCCAGCUGAAUGUAUGGAGUAUAACCCUAAUCCUAAAGUCUCGGUGUUCUAUCAAUAUUUCCUUGAUUUACUGUCGGGAACGGGUUUUAUGGAGUAUUCCUACCUGUUUUACGGCUACUACAGCAACACACUGGUGGAGAACAAGAACGUCACCUACAACAUUCCCCUGGCCUACGUCCUGACUGCCGCGUUCUACUUCGCCUUCUGUCUCAUUUGUAUCAUAGCACGCAUGGGGAGUAACGCUCGGGUUGCCGUGGCAACGGGAGGCAGCACCAUGGGCAGCUACAGCAUGAUCGUGUUCACCGGCUGGGACUACAGUUGCCUGAGAGACCAAGAUACCAAACUGAAGCAGAAAAACAUCCACUACCGGCUGCAGGUGGAUCUGGAGGAGGAGAGAUUAAAGAAACGGGCAGCUGCUCUGACCUUGUGUCAAAAAGUUGUUCUAUACUCUCUACGUAUUUUUUUGCAUUUGGUUGCUUUUGGGCUCAUUAUAGGAGCCUUCUACGGCAUCUCUCUGGCCGCCAACUUCAGCCAGCAAAAUAUCCAGGUGCAAGGGAUCCUGGGUUUGGUCUAUGAGUAUCUUCCCUCCAUCGUCAUCACCACUGGGAACUUCGUGGUGCCUCUGCUGUGUGACCAGAUCGCCCUAAUAGAGAACUACUCCCCCAGCACCACUGUCAUAGUGGCACUACUAAGGGCCGUGUUCCUGCGUCUUGUGAGUCUGGGAGUUCUCCUCUUCACCCUGUGGCGUCAGAUCACCUGCGAUGGGAACAUAGAUGGUGUAGAUUGUACACUGUGCCAGUACAACUAUGAUUUAUACCCAUGCUGGGAAACACGUAUCGGACAGGAGAUGUACAAACUGACACUAUUUGACCUCCUCAUCAACAUCGCCGUGCUCGUCCUGGUGGAGUUUCCUCGCAGGAUGGUGGUGGACAACUGGUCCUGUAAGCUGGCCCAGUUGGUGGGUCGGCAGGAGUUUGAUGUUCCCUCCAACGUGCUCGGCCUUGUUUAUGGUCAGACUGCUGUUUGGACUGGGACUCUUUUUUGCCCUCUGCUGCCGCUCAUCAAUACCAUCAAGUUCAUCAUCAUCUUCUACUGCAAGAAGAUCACGCUCUUCUAUAACUGCCGACCAGCACACAAGACGUUUCGCUCCACCACCUCCACCUUCUUUUUCCUGGUGGUCCUGCUGUUCGGCUGGGGCCUGGCCACAGUUGUUAUGGUUUAUAGUCUGGCUGAGAUUCGUCCGUCUUUGGGUUGUGGUCCUUUCCGUUUCUUCCCCAACAUGUGGUCAGUUGUCCCGACGUCUUUCUACAACCUCACUGAAACUACACAGGAGUUCCUCUUCUUCAUUGGCUCCCAGUCGUUCUCCAUCCCUCUGUUUGCAUUAUCAUGUGUGCUGAUGUGUUAUUUCAUAGCCUUGGCCUCUGUCUAUGGGAAUAGUGUUGCUCUUCUAAGAGCGCAGCUAAAACUGGAGGGCCGUGACAAGCAGUUCUUGGUCAAGCAGAUCGAGCAGCUGGGUCGACAGCUUCACAUACCCACACAUAAUGCAGGAGUACAAGACUGAACAUAUGGAAGAAUAUUUGGUUCCUUCAACCUUUUUUCACUGUCUUCAAAACUGUUUUGGUCAUUGACACUUCUGUUCUGUUUUGCCAAAACAGUUUCUCUGUGCUCAUGAUAAACCGGGGUUUAAGGUGUUUUCUGGCAAUGUACGUGUGAAAUUUUUCUAACCGAGUAAUUUCAUUUUUGUAUGGAAAAACCUUAUCAGACACAAUUUAUCGUUCAAAGUUGAGUAUUUUUCAUACAUGUGUCUGAAAAUGUCUGGAUCAGAGCUUUAGAAAUGAAACAAGGGGAGACAUCUGAAAGCACCGAAUGCACCUGCAUGCACUCCUUAUGUUUAAAAUCUGUGUCUUUCAAUGCUGACUGGGUUUUAGCUGAUAAUCCUGCAACGAGAUUAUUGAAAUUAAAAUCCUGUGGUCCUUAACAGAUCAAAAUCAAGAUGUCUAUUUUGAGAAAACA